CCAAAUUCUCAAUACUCGAUGUCCUGCUAGGAUUUUUGUGCAUGAAUAUCAAGAUAGGAAAGUAAAGGUCAAUUUCUUUUCCAAACACUCACAUCCAUGUAAAGAGAGCAAUGUGAUUUUCAAUCAAUGGAUGCCUGAGACAAGAGCUGCAGUUAAAAAACUAUUGAAGGAUGGUGUUAAUCCAAACUUCAUUAGAAGAAAAUUCACAAUCGAAGCCAUUAAAGAUACAGAUAUUAUCAAAAAAGAAAACUUGAUGACAAGUAAACAAAUUUUACAGUAUAAAUAUCAUUUAUUACGGAAAGAAAGAGGCUUUUGUGGUGAUGCUGAGUCCCUCCAAAAUUAUAUCAAUAGUCUGAGUGCUAAGGAAAAACGUUUUAUAUUAGCUUAUAAGCCCCAAAAAUGCAACACCAAAAUCGGAGACAGAGGGUUCGAUGUGUUGCCCGACAGUGAUGAUUUGUUUGUGUACGGGUUCCAAACAGAUCGUCAAUUGAAACUGUUGGAAGAGGGAGCGUCUCGUAUAUUGUGUAUUGAUUCAACACACAACACUAACCGAUAUGGAUUUUAUCUUUUUAAUUUAUUAGUACCAGACGAAUUUGGUAAAGGGUUCAUCGUUGGUCAGUUUUUAACUAAUAAAUUGACCAAAGAUGUGAUGAUUUUGUUUUUUAAAAUUAUUAAAGAUAGGUGCCCAAAUUUGAGGGUCAACGCUGUCAUGACCGACGAUGACAAAACAACGUGGCCCGCCUUCGAGUAUGUGUUCCAUUGUAGUGACCCCAACCUCAGACCACGACAUCUACUGUGCAAGUGGCAUGUGGUCAGGGCAAUUAAAAAAAAUUGCAUAAACAGAAUUAAAGAUAACAAACUCCGAAAGGAAGUUUUUGGUAAAUUUAUUGUUCUAUUGGGAUUGAAGAGCUCUACAGAGUUCGGAAUAGGACUUUCCAAUUUUUUGAAAGAUUUGAGACACAUGAAAGGACUUACAUCCUUCAUGAAGUAUUUUGAAAUAUUCUAUGCCAACAGAUGUAGCAAGUGGGCCAUGUGCUUCAGAAAUUUUUAUCACGCCAACACUGAUACUAAUAUGUUUGUUGAAUCAUACCACAAUAAAUUGAAGCGCAACCUCAAUCGUAGAAGUAAUGCAAGGGUACAUGAUUUAAUCAAACUCUUGCAUGAAAUGGAAGCUGAGAGGUGGCUAGAGCUAAGUAGACGGCGCCUGGUCGGAGAACCUCAUGUUGAUUUCCAAACUAAUUCAGAUAAUCGUCACCAAAAAGGUGUAUUAAUAUCUGUUAAUUUAGUGAAUAAAGUAUCAGAUACCAUGUUCGAGGUUGAGUGCGAUAAAUUAGAGGGAAAGUAUUUUGUCACUAGGGUUUCCCCGAAAUGCAUGCUACCCGACCACUGUUACUACAGGUGUAGCAAUUUGUCUUGCUCAGGCCUAUGCUCACAUCUUUUCAAAUGUACUUGUGAAGAUUCGAGUACUUUGUGUAAGCAUAUACACAGAGUUUACUCACUAAGCAUGUGUGAGCAUGAUGUUCAUUGUGAAUUGGGUAUUAAUUAUAGUACCAAUUCCAGUCAAACAACAUCAAAUGAAUGUAAUGAUUAUCUUGAUAGUAAUAAUAAUGUAAUAUUAGAUAACAGUAGGCCCAACAAUUUCCAAACUCCUCCAUCCAUGCCAGUCAAAUUUUCACCCAAUCAGAAGAUGGCUUUACAACCGAGACUAUUCAAAACAACUCAAAAUAAAAAUAGAAAAAGAAGCCUCGUAUUAAAUAAACCGGACAUAAUAGAGCAUUCCUUUUUGAAGAAAAAAAUGUUGGAAUCCACUUCUCAUAAUAUUACAAUAUUGGAAGAAGAUGGAAAUAGUAUUGAUGGAGCUCAGUUAUUGACUUCGACUCAAUCUAAUGCUCAUUCUGCUAGUUUUACUGAGCCAAUAACUAAUAUUGAAUCAGCCCGAAAGCCACUCAAUAUUGAUGAUUUUUAUAUCACUUUGCUGGAACUGAAAUCUCUUGAUCUACAUAUUUCAGAAGAUGAAGAGGAAAAAUUAAAACAAUUUGAUAGAUUUUUCACAAAAGGAUGGCUGUUUGAUUCAGUUAUCGAUUUGUUCAUUCACAUAAACGUAAAAAAUAAUAAUGAUGAUAGUUUAUUAAUCAGUAGCCUAUAUUCCCAGAUAAUAAUAGAACAAUUGAAAAUCUCAAACAAUUCACAAUUUGAACUUUCCAAGUGUGUUGAAAGAUUUCCAAUAGAAGAUUAUAAGAGUUACAGUAAUAUCUUUAUUCCUUGCUGCAUCAAUUCACAUUGGCUUCUCAUCGUAGUUAAAGUAAGGGAGAAGAAAAUUAUUUUCUUUGAUCUGUAUAAUUAA